AUGCAAGAGAAAGAAGAGCCCCUGGCGCAAUGCGAGGAGUUGGGGAAAGAGCAGGGCGUGGUCAGCGUACACAACGCAGAUACACCAACAUGUGAACCUCACUCAUCCAUCACAACCUCCGUUAGCAUGAGCAUGGGCGACGCUUCAUCGCCCAAACUGGAACCAACCGUGUCCGAGGAUUUUAUCGCCGUCGAGUCUCCAAGUGCUCCCACGACGUACAAGGUUACACUUGCCAUCACUGGAAUGACAUGCAGCUCCUGUGUGUCCGCCAUCACGCAUGCCGUUCGAGCACACGCAUGGGUCCAAUCAGUCAACAUCAACCUUCUUACAAACAGCGGAGUGGUUGUUUUCACUGGGAAAGCCAAGUGUGACGAGCUUGUAGAGACCAUUGAAGACUGUGGCUUCGACGUCGAAGUAGAGGAGUUGGAAGAAGUUCCCAACACGGCGUCAGAAGCAAAACUAUCGAAGCAAAAGACGGAGCGUUGGCGGGCGACUUACUUGCUCGGUGGUCUAACGUGUUCGUCGUGUGUCGGCAACGUGACUCGGGCACUAGAACCGCAUGCCUGGAUCAAGUCGAUCGAUGUCAAUCUAGUUUCAAACAGUGCAACCCUCGUUUUCACAGGCAAGAAGCAUCUCUUAGAGAUUGAAGGAAUCAUCGAAGACGUUGGGUAUACGGCCACACUCGACCAUGUUAUCCCAGACGGUACACCAGCAAUCGAAGCAAUCGAGCGAACAGUUGCGGUACGCAUCGACGGUAUGUUCUGCGAACAUUGCCCGCCGAAUAUCAUACAAGGACUCCUGGGGGAAUUUGCAGACAAGCAUACAUUCAUACUUGAAGACCCCCCUCUAUCCCUCGAAAACCCGAUUCUACACAUUCGAUAUGUACCGGCUCCCCCUACCUUCACCAUCCGACAUAUCCUCUCCACUAUUUCCAACCUAAAUCCCGUCUUCGCCCCCUCAAUCUUCCAUCCGCCUACGAUUGAGGAACGCGCACACCAAAUGCACGCACAAGAACGCAAACGAAUCCUCAUCCGCCUCACACUCUGCGUCAUCAUCGCCAUACCCACGUUCGUUUUGGGAAUCGUCUUCAUGAGCCUAAUUAGCCCUAAAAACCCCAUACGCAAGUACCUCAUGCAACCCAUGUGGGCAGGCAACGUCACAAGACUAAGCUGGGCCCUCUUCAUUCUUGCAACACCCGUUUAUUUCUUUGCAGCAGACACGUUCCACCGGCGCGCAAUCAAGGAAGUAAAAGCCCUGUGGCGACCAGGGAGCCGAACACCGAUUAUCCAUCGCUUUACAAGAUUCGGAAGCAUGAAUAUGCUCAUCUCGCUCGGCACUACAAUUGCGUAUUUUGCAUCGAUUGCAGAACUCGGCCUGGCAGCUACGAAAAUGUCGCACGGCUCAAUGCACGAUUCGUAUUUCGAUGCUGUUGUUUUCCUGACUAUGUUCUUGCUCAUUGGUCGCUUCUUGGAAGCGUAUAGCAAAGCGAAGACGGGGGAUGCGGUUACGUCACUGGGGAAACUGCGUCCUAGCGAAGCUAUCCUUGUUGAUUCUAAACAAGGUGAUAUAAAAAUCGCCACCGAUCUACUUGAGAUUAGGGAUGUGGUGCGGGUCUACCAUGGUGCGUCGCCGCCGUUUGACGGCGAGAUUGUAGAGGGAAGUUCGAGCUUUGAUGAGUCGAGUUUGACGGGGGAGUCCCGCCCGGUGAAGAAAGUGGAGGGUGAUAUAGUAUACUCGGGUACGAUGAACAAAGGAUCCCCUGUUCGGAUUACGAUCACGAGUAUUGAGGGGACGUCGAUGCUGGAUCAGAUUAUCAAUGCUGUAAGGGAGGGCCAGUCUCGACGUGCACCUGUUGAAAGGGCAGCAGACGUUAUCACUUCACAUUUUGUACCGUUUGUCAUUGUCAUUGCAAUCACCACUUGGCUGGUUUGGCUCAUUCUCGGUAAGACGGGAGCUAUACCCAGUGACUGGAAGAAUGAGGGUGCUGGUGGAUGGGAACUCUGGUCUCUUCGAUUCGCCAUUGCCGUCUUCGUUAUCGCCUGUCCCUGCGGUAUUGGUCUUGCCGCUCCAACUGCGCUCUUUGUUGGAGGCGGUUUAGCUGCAAAGCACGGUAUACUCGUUCGAGGCGGAGGCGAGGCCUUCCAAGAGGCCAGUUCUCUUGACUGUAUCGUUUUCGAUAAGACGGGUACCCUUACCGAGGGCGGCGAUCCAUCAGUGACGAACCACCAGUUCUCUGGAGAUCAGAAAAGCUCAUUGGUACUGGGUAUAGUCAAGGCUCUCGAGCAGAAUAGCAACCAUCCCAUCGCACGUGCUCUGGUCUCUUUUUGUAACAGAGAAGACCACAUCACGCCAACAGUGGUCGACAUCGACGAAGUACCAGGCAAAGGUCUAAAAGGCACUUUCCGAGUCGACGGACAAGAUAUCACUGCUAUCGUAGGCAACGAAGCCUUCAUGACCGACCACUCCGUCCCCAUCUCCCCCUACUUCACCACCCUCCUCUCAACCUGGAAAUCCCGCGGCGACUCCGUCGCCCUCGCAGCCCUCUUCAUGCCCUCCUCCUCCCUCCUCCCCUCUCAUUCCUCCUCUAGCUCCUCCAGCGAAAAUCUCUCAACCGCACUGACCGAAACCCUUCCAACCCCAACCUGGCACCUGGCUUGCACCUUCUCCAUCGCCGACGCCCUCCGCCCCGAAGCCCGCAGCGUCAUCGCCGCCCUCCAUACCCGCGGCAUAUCCACCUGGAUGCUCUCCGGCGAUAACCCCAUAACCGCCAAUGCCGUCGGCGCUCAAGUCGGCAUACCGGCUUCCAACAUCAUCGCGGGCGUGCUACCAGAGCAGAAAGCUCAGAAGAUAAAGUAUCUCCAGCAGACCCUACGCAAACCACCCAAACGUUCUUAUUUCCAAAUCCCCUUCAUCAGUGCAAACAGAGAAGAAAAUAGGAGACAGAAACGCGCAACAAUAGCCAUGGUAGGCGACGGCAUCAACGACGCCCCCGCCCUCUCCACCGCCGAUUUAUCCAUCGCCAUCGGCUCAGGUUCAGACAUUGCACUGAGCUCCUCGUCUUUCAUCCUUAUAAACAGUCGUCUCACCACUAUACUUACACUCCUGGAUCUCUCGCGAGUGGUGUUUCGACGCGUUUAUUUUAAUUUCGGCUGGGCGCUUGUGUAUAAUGUGGUGGCUAUGCCGAUUGCGGCGGGGGUCUUGUAUCCGAUUACUACCGGUGGUAAGGGGGAGGCGAUGGAAAUGCAUGCUGGGAUGGCCAUGGGGCAUACGGGCGAGAAGCAUGUUAAGCUUGAUCCGGUCUGGGCUGCUUUGGCUAUGGCGUUGAGCAGUGUUAGCGUGGUGUGUAGUUCGUUAUUGUUGAAGAGCCGGUUGCCCGGUGUGGGGUUUAGAGUGCGACGUGAAGGUAAUGUUGGUGUUGAGACUGGUUGA